UUUAUUAAUAUCACAUCUCUUCAUUUCUCUAUUAAUAUCACAUCUCACAAUAUUUAGUUUUUUAUUUGCAAUUCAUACUAGAGACUACAAAACGAAAAACAUUUCUUUUAUAGUUUCUUCAUUACUACUUUCAUUUACUCUAUGUUUUUUCUUUUCUUUUUUCAUCUCUCUCUUACUCAUCACUCUUCUACGUUGAUUCUCACAGUAAAAAGAUAACCAAUUUACCCCAGCAACCAAAUGCGGAAUUCCACCAAUACACUAGUUAUAUCACUAUAGAUGAAACUCAAAAAAGAUUUUUAUUUUAUUAUUUUGUUGAAGCAGAUGUUCACCUAACUUUAAAGCCAAUAGUUAUGUGGCUACACGGAGGGAAUAUGGAGUCAAUCACUGGAGGACUGGGUUGUACUUUUGUUGGACUUGGAGCUUUCAUGGAGCAUGAUCCUUUUAAACCAACUGACAAAUGUUUGGUUAAGAAUGCCUACAGUUGGAACAAAGAGACAAACAUGCUCUAUUUGGAAUCACCCGCUGGCGUUGGGUUUUCAUACUCCACCAACAAAUCCUUCUAUAACUAUGUGACCUGUGACAUGACAUGUCACUUUGCACCUCAACUUGCAGCACUCAUUGUACAUACCAAAACCAAUAUAACUUUAAAAGGAAUAGUUAUAGGAAACCCCUUCUAGAGUUUAACACAAAUUACAACUCUAGAGGACAAUUUUUACGGUCUCAUGGGUUGAUAUCAUAUUCAACCUAUGAGUUACUCAUUAAAGUUUGCAACUAUUCCCAAAUUAAAAGAGAAUAUCGAAGUAGAACGCCUAGUUCCACAUAUGUAAAAGUUAACAAGAGAUUGAGUAUGGAGGUUGGUAGCUACGUCGAUCAGUUUGAUGUUAGUCACGAUGGGUGCCUACCACCAUUACAACAUACUUGGACUCCAGUUGUAUAAUCCCUUCCCUUUAAAUCUAAACUCUCUUUUGUUUUUAUUUUUUUGGUUCAUUUUGUUAUGCUUUCUAUUAUAUUUGGUUAGCAAGAAGAAAACAAGAGAGCUUUUUGUCUUGAAGACAAAAUAUUUGCGUACUUGAAUAAAAAAGAAGUACAAAAAGCUCUUCAUACUAGGUUCGCCUAUUGAAAAUCUUGUAGUGGGUAAGAUUUAUCAGUUGAAACCUGACUCAUCAUUAGAGUUUAAAACUUAAUUAUAACUUCAAAAUACCAUAGAUGUCAUUUAGAUUGAUGGAAUAAAGUCAAAUUAAAUUCAAUAAUCACCCAUUUUGUCUUUGUAAUAAAUGGACUUCCGAAUUAUCUUUCAAAUUGGAAAUAAGUUCAGGUUUAUCAGAUUUAUUUCGAAUUCUAAUAUCAUUUUCAUUUUAUUAUAAAGUUAUCCGGUAUGACAACAAAAGUUUUGAUAAUCCAACCAUAUCUCUAUUAGGGGCACUUGUUAAAUCAGGUGUCAGAGUGAUGGUAUUUAGGUUAGUUAGUUUUUCUCUCUAACUUUUUAGUUAGUCCAUGACAUCAUACUCUUGUCUUUGGGUUGUCCAUGUUCUAGAUGUUUUUUACGCAUAACUAUUUCUUGUAUAGUGGAGAUCAAGAUUUCGUCAUCCCAUUCAUUGGCCUACAAUCCUUAGACCAUGGUAUAAUGGAAUAAAGGUAUAUAUUUGUAAAUAUAGAAGAUUUUUAUUUUAUGGAUUUAUUGAUUAUGUGCUGGUGGUUGAGCUAAAAAUCAACGAUCUAAUUCUCUUUAAGUUUCACUUUGUCAUUGGAAUCAUUCAUAUCUAAAAGAUUAACUUAUUUUAGUAUUUUGUUAUUUAGGUUGUAGGAUUUACACAGGUUUAUGGUGACAGUUUAUCAUUUGCCACCAUAAGAGGAGCUGGUCAGUACGCACCAGCUUCGCAACUAGAGCAAACACUUGUGUUAUUUGAAGCAUUUUAAUAGUCAAACUAAAUUUUUUAAUAGUCAAACUAGAUUUUACGUUAUAUAUAUCAGUUUUUUGUAUGACAUAGAGAACAAAAUUUUAUAGGACUAAAUCAUGAAUCCUGCGUAGUCUAAAGUGUAAUUCAAAUUCAUCAAGGUUGUCUAAAGUAUAAUUCAAACCGAUCAAGGUGACAUUUAAUAGCUAGAUUGUAACAUUAUUGAGAGACUAAAUGAAGAAUAUGACAAAGGUUUGUGAUGUGGGUUGUGUAUAACUCAGAUCCAUUGAAUAAAGGACACAAUAAAAAUAGAAUGGUGGGCAUUAAUAAGGCUAAAUUCUUCUCUUAUCAUUAGUUCAUAAAAAAGAAAUAAGAACGAAAUUAAACUCAACCUUACUGCAACCGAGAAAGGUGUUGUAUAGAAUUUAAUUUAGAAUACAUAUAUUCCAUUUAAACUGAUUUGUUUAUAUCACAAAAAAAAAAAAAAAGUCACAAGUGGUCUAAA